UUUUCCCUCGACCCUCCUCUGAGUCGGAUUCGCCGACAUCUUUCUCGCAACUGAGUCCGGAGGAUAGUGACAGACGCUUUCAGAACAAAAAGUUUGAAUUACUUUUAUCUUCGAAUAUCUCCAGCUUGUCACUGGUAAAUAACUUAUGAACAGUUAGUUUCCAUGUGAAUCUUUUCCAAGAAACGUAUCCUACUCUCUUGUUAUGAUCUUCACCAGCUGGUCAUCUUAAAUAUGAAAGGGAAGCUCUAACCGAGCAUUGCAACGUUUGUCAGCCAAUAGUGCAUCCAGAUAAUUCCACCAUCAUGGCAUAGGAAACACUUAUCACCAUCGAGAAGAAUGAAAGGUAAAAAGUCGCACGAUUUUUUGCCCAACCGGGUGGAAACUGUAAAAACUGUCGAGUUGAAGGCCUUUGCUAUCCCACGAAUUUCUGGCCAUAAGACGGGCACCGAGACAACAGCAUUCACAUCAUUUGAUUGGUUAUGGAAAAGAUUUGUCAGCAGCCAAUCAUUAGCCAAAACAGAAACGGACUCUUUGAGCUCAGAAUCUCACAGAAAUCUCACAGACUGUUCCGAAGUCGAGACUCUCCAGUCUGGAGAAGAAGUGGCCACAAUCGCGCCGUCUGAAAGUCGAGGUCGUCGUGAAAAUGGAGAACAUGGUCUGGACAUGGGAGAAAAAACAGAAGGUCCGCUGCGCAGGCGUCGCUGCAUCAUUUUAUUGGUCGUUGUCGUCUGUUUUCUUGUCAUUUCCACCGCAGUCAUCACCGGAGUACUCCUUACCGUACACUCACAUGGAACAGCAAUGGCAAGUCAAGGAUCGACAACUACCAACAAGGUAUUCUUGUCAGCAACAAUCACUAUUACAGACAAUGCAAGUAGACAUUUGAUGACUUCACCCAGCGUGAACUUAACGACCUUCAUCAGCAGCACAAACAUCAGUGAAACUACUCGUUCAUGGAUUACUAGCAGUGUCAUCUCUCCAGUCCAAAGUAUUCCAAGCAGUGUCAGUGAAACUACCUUUACAUCGACUAUUGACUCCUCCACCAAAACCAUUACAGCCAGCAUCAGUAACUCAACCCCUUUGUUCACUUCUGACAGUGUCAACUCUCCAUCCCAAACCUCUACAAGCAGUGUCAGUGAAACUAUUCCAUCGUGGACUACUGGCAGAGUCAUCGCUCCAGCCAAAACCACCACAGGCAGUAUAAGUAGAGCUAAUCCAUCAACGAAUACUAUCAAUGUCAUUUCUUCAAACCAAGUAAUUAAAGACAAUAUCAACAGCACCACGUCGUCUGCCUCAGUUACCAACACCACAACGUCGUCUGCCUCAGUUACCAACACCACAACGUCGUCUGCCUCAGUUACCAACACCACAACGUCGUCUGCCUCAGUUACCAACAGCACAACGUCGUCUGCCUCAGUUACCAACAGCACGACGUCGUCCAAUUUAAUUAACACCAGCAAAAUCUCACCAGCUCUAAUUACAGACAGCAAAUCGUCUUCCACCGAAAUUGACAGCAGCACAACCUCGCAUGCCCUGAUUACAAACGGCAAAAUGUCACCUACUUUAAUUACUAACAGCAUAACGUUACUAGACAUGAUUACCAACAAUACAACGUUACCUGCUUUGACUUCUAACAGCACAACGUCGUAUGCUUUAAUUACCAACAACACAACGUCGACUGCGUUAAUUAACAGCAGCACAACAUCGCCUGUCUUAAUCAGCAGCAGCACAACGUCAUCUGUUCUCACUGACAGCAGCCCAACGUCACAUUACUUUAUGAACAGCAACACCACGUCGCCUGUCUUAAUCAACAGCAGCACAACGUCACCUGUUCUCACUGACAGCAGCACAACGUCACCUGUUCUCAUUGACAGCAGCACAACCAGCAUAACGUCACCUGUCUUGAUUGACAGCAGCACAACGUCACCUGUUCUCACUGACAGCAGCACAACGUCACUUGUUCUCACUGACAGCAGCACAACGUCACCUGUUCUCACUGACAGCAGCACAACGUCACUUGUUCUCACUGACAUCAGCCCAACGUCAACUGUUCUCACUGACAGCAGCACAACUUCACCAGCGUUAAUUAGCAGCAGCACAACGUCACCUGCCUUGAUCAAGAGCAGCACAACGUCACCUGUUCUCACUGACAGCAGCACAACGUCACCUGUUCUCACUGACAGCAGCACAACGUCACCUGCCUUGAUUGACAGCAGCACAACGUCACCUGUUCUCACUGACAGCAGCAUAACGUCACCCGUCUUGAUUGACAGCUUCACAACGUCACCUGUUCUCACUGACAGCAGCAUAACGUCACCUGUCUUGAUUGACAGCUUCACAACGUCACCUGUCUUGAUUGACAGCAGCAUAACGUCACCUGUCUUGAUUGACAGCAGCACAACGUCACCUGUUCUCACUGACAGCAGCAUAACGUCACCUGUCUUGAUUGACAGCAGCAUAACGUCACCUGUCUUGAUUGACAGCAGCACAACGUCACCUGUUCUCACUGACAGCAGCACAACGUCACCUGUUCUCACUGACAGCAGCACAACGUCACCUGUUCUCACUGACAGCAGCACAACGUCACCUGUUCUCACUGACAUCAGCCCAACGUCAACUGUUCUCACUGACAGCAGCAUAACGUCACCUGUCUUGAUUGACAGCUUCACAACGUCACCUGUUCUCACUGACAGCAGCACAACUUCACCUGCGUUCAUUAACAGCGGCACAAAGUCACCUGUUCUCACUGAAAGCAGCAUAACGUCACCUGUCUUGAUUGACAGCUUCACAACGUCACCUGUUCUCACUGACAGCAGCAUAACGUCACCUGUCUUGAUUGACAGCAGCACAACGUCAUCUGUUCUCACUGACAGCAGCAUAACGUCACCUGUCUUGAUUGACAGCUUCACAACGUCACCUGUUCUCAUUGACAGCAGCACAACGUCACCUGUCUUGAUUGACAGCAGCACAACGUCACCUGCCUUUAUUGACAGCAGCACAACGUCACCUGUCUCACUGACACAGCAACGUCACUGUGCUCACUGA